AUGACCCGUGUCCCGGUCGGUUCUUGUGAUUUCUCGACUCGUCCCUAUUCCCUUUGUGACACGGUCGGCGACUUCAAUAUGACGACUUUCAAGCUCGUCGAUGAGGAUACGAAAUUGAAGGUUCCCCUUCUCCAGCAAGCGCUCGCUUUGGCGAAAGGCACCGGCACCGAGUUGAAGCUUUUCGCGAACGCAUGGAGCUCGCCUGGAUGGAUGAAAAAUACGGGUAGAAUGAAGGGUGGCGGCUUUCUCCUCGGCUCAACGAAUGGUCCAUACUACAUGGCUUUCGCCACCUACUAUCGACGCUUUUUCGAGGAGUACUCGAAAUUGGGCGUGAAUUUCUGGGGGAUGACGCCCGAGAAUGAGCCCACCGAGGCGGCGAAUCCGGAUUACGGAUGGCAAGCGCUUUUCUUCAAUGGAUCACUUGAAAGAGAUUUUAUCAAGUACUCGCUCGGUCCGCAGCUGAAAUCGUCGGAUGUCACGAAAAACCUCAAAAUCAUGAUCGGCGAUGAUCAACGCUACGUUUAUCCGGCUUUUGCCGAUGUCAUUCUCAGCGAUCCCGAAUCGGCGAAAUACGUGGACGGGAUUGCCGUGCAUUGGUACGAUGAUAACAACACUGGGCCGGGAGUACUUGAUACGCUCAACUCGAGAUAUCCAAGCAAAUGGAUCAUGUACACAGAGGCUUGCUCAUGGUGGAAAGCCUCAAAUGGAGAUGUUGUCCUUGGUGCCUGGUGGGGAGUGGAUCAGUAUGCGCACAAUAUCAUCGAAGAUCUCAAUCAUUGGGCGACCGGGUGGAACGAUUGGAAUCUCAUUCUCGAUAUUGAGGGUGGCCCGAACUGGGUGGGAAAUUUCGUGGACGCCCCGAUGACCUCGUUGCCGACAACCGAUGAAUUCAUCAAAAAUCCAAUGUUCUACGGAUUGGGACAUUUCAGUAAAUUCCUUCGCCCUGGAUACAUUCGGGUGCACAUCGCGUUGCCGUCCAGUUUGGAAGGAACCGCUUUCAUUUCUUCCGACGGCUCGCAAAAAGUAGCCGUCAUUCUCAACCGAAAUAUCAAGAAUGGUGUCGAUUUCUCUCUGCAGGACACCACAAAUAGUGCCGGUUACGCGAACAUCCACAUCGGCCCGGCCUCAAUCAUCACCGUUAUUUGG